GAACCGGAAAGAUUCAAUCCAAAUAGAUUUUUGACGCCUGACGGCCAACUUGACCAAACGGUACAGGAUCCACAGGUCGCAUUUGGCUACGGUCGAAGAAUUUAUCCUAUGCGUUCUCACACAUUUCAUACUUACGAUCUCAGUCUGAACACCGAUGCUAGAGUUGAUUCAUGGCUAUGGACUCAAUGUGGAUAA